UGACGGAGGCAGGUCAGGCUGAGCGGAGAGUCAGAGGGUUUAUUCCUCUCGUCGCUCUGUUCUCCCCCACUUUCCCGACGCGCCACCGUCAGGGUUCCUUCUUUCUGCAGCGGGACAUAAGAAGGACUUAAGCAGUUUCCAUCGAUUUACAAACUCCAGACAUGGCAUUAUGACGCAUUGAUUUAACUCUUUUAAACGUUGUAACGCAUUUGACGCACUUUUUUUUUCUAUUUUUUUUUUUUUCCACGCGCGUAAUUAUCCGUCUCUCCGUUUGGAAACGCUCUGUGCGUAACGGGAAUGGAGCGAAUUCCAGGCGCGCAGCAGCCGCCUCCUCUGUCCAAACACCAGGCUGAUCUGUCUGACGUGCAGGGGAUGGAUUUCCCGAUGUACGCCUACAAACCAAGGAGGGGGAUCAAGAGAGGAGAGGAGAGCAAGGAAACCUACAAACUGCCUCACAGACUUAUUGAGAAAAAAAGACGCGAUCGGAUCAACGAGUGCAUCGCUCAGCUGAAAGAUUUAUUACCGGAGCACCUGAAACUGACGACUCUGGGCCAUCUGGAGAAGGCUGUGGUUUUGGAGCUGACCCUCAAACACGUGAAAGCACUCGCCUCCCUUUUGGAGCAGCAGCAGCAGAAAAUCCUCGCCCUGCAGAGCGGCAUGCAAAUCGACCAGCCUUCUGUCAGUCAGGAGAAGUCGGAGGAACUCUUCCGCUCUGGCUUCCACAUGUGUGCCAAAGAGAUUCUUCAAUAUCUAGCCAGUCACGGGGCUGACGGAGACUUUGCACCAUCCCACAUCAUCAGUCACCUUCACAAGGUAGCUGCAGACGUGCUGCAAGCUCCAGUCCGACCUCGCACCCCUAUCAGCCCGCACCCCGAGGAAACCCCGGCCUAUCACUUGCUCCAUCCUUACAAGGAGGUCUCCACCGCCUUACCCCCUAGACCCAACGAUGGUUAUGGGAGGAACUGUGUUCCUGUCAUCCAGCGGGCGUAUGCACCACCCAGCAGUGAGCAGAGUGGCAGUGACACAGACACAGACAGCGGCUACGGUGGAGAGCUGGAGAAGAAUGAAUCUAGUGUUCAUCAGGGACGUCCAGACUACUACAGUCAGGAGAACCAUCUGAAGAGAGCUCUGGUCGAGCAGAAGACCUCUGGCAUCAAACAGGAGGACGACGAGCUGCAACAGAAACGACCCAGAGUGGAGUCUUCUGAGGAUGAGCUGCUCUCAGGUGGAGAAACAACAGCUUCACAGCCUUCAAGUGGUUACAGUAGUUACAUGAGUGUAUCACCUAACCAACCACCUCCUCCACACCCCCUGUGCAUGCCGUUCUACCUCAUUCCACCUUCUGCUGCAGCCUACCUGCCAAUGCUGGAGAAAUGCUGGUACCCUGGAGCUGUGCCCAUGCUGUACCCCAGUGUGGGCGGCUCUACCCCUGCUGCGCCCAGUGAAAGACCACCUCCACCUCAACUGGUGUUGUCUCCCAGGGGUGGCUCUCCAGCCCCGGCCAUAUCACAGACCCCUAUGGACUCCCCUGCCCUACUUCAGGCAUUAAAGCUGGUACCACCCAUCAACCUGGAAACCAAAGACUGAAACACAGAAGCCAAGAGAACAUUCUGUUCAACUACCCAAUUGGCGAGAUAAUAGUAGAAGGGGAGAAAUGACAGAACAGUUCCACAAUCCACCUUCACUACUCUCCUUUGUUCAGGGAUUAACAUUUUGUGGAAAUUGCCAGAUUUCCAAAUGUGAGGCAUAUGGGUAUUUAUACGGGACAUUGUUACGUUGAUGUAGCAUGUUUGGCUAACAGUGGGUUGCAUUUAGAAAAAUAGCUUGAGCUAUUUAAAGGUUAGCAUAAAUAUAUGUGGUCAUGCUAACUGUCCUAACCUAACUGUGGCUGUUGUGAACCUCAGGUGAUGCUAACCCAGUUUGUGUUAUCCAUGGUUAGCAUGAUUGCAUAUGUUAACGCAAAUGACAAUUAGCAUUUUUUGUAAUGCAACCAGUUGUUGGUUAAAAUGCAGCGGUAUUGUGCUCCACAUCCAGAAAUCUGACAUUUUCUGUAAGACUCGUUACCUGGUGGGUCAAAUGGCAAACAAGAGGACAUGUAGGAGCAGUGAAUGACUGUAGGGGCAGCACCCAUGCACGCCCCACUGCAGAAGAAUGCAAAGCUCCGGUCGGGCUCCGAUUGAAUGUUUGGACUCAUCGUUCAGUGCAAAAUGUAUUAUAUGAAUGGGCCUGUACACACAACAAACACACACCCAGCUGAAUGUAAAGAAAGUGUUUCUAGAUGCUGCUGUUAAUGUGCACACAAACGCCAGUGACACUGACCCUCGUAGCUGCCGCGAUAGUGACAAGCCAGCUUUGUACUCUAGAAGUUGUUGCACCAAAAGUUUGCUGUAAUAUUUCACCCAAAGUUUGUUGCCUAUGUUGUGUAGGUUAUUGCAGGAAAAAAAACGUACAGGCGAGCGAAGCUACCCUCUCAUGUUCUGAAGGCACGGACCUCCUCACGAGCACACUGAAUGAGACGUCUGUUGUUUUAUGACAGACAGCCUGAGAUGGAUUUUCUGUAACUAUUGUUGAUAUAUUUUUAUUUUUGAUACCCAUUCCUGCACUCUGUCCUGAGCGAUAGAAGGGGGGCAGCGAGCGCACGUUGUUUUUUGUGUACUCAGAACCUGUGUACAUACUGUAGCACUGUGCUGGACCUCGUCUGCGUACUCGGCAUCCGUUUCUGCUCAAGUCAAACCUGGUGUUUGUUCUUGCUGUUGCCUUUUACUUGUGAAAACCUGAUCGAUCUCAGAUCUUUAUUCUCUAUACUUUGUAUGAAUACUGGAGUCAAAGGAGCGGUGGGAAGAGAUGUGAAUAUAAACGUUUUACCAGAAGACUAGUUUUCUAUAGAAAGAGGUACUUGAGAUUUUAUAUUUUGGGACCUACGUGAAAGAUGUUUGUUGUACAUAUUUUGUCUAUAAAUGUUGAUAUACAUUAAAUAAGUGUAUUAAUAAAGUAUUUUUUCCUGUGGAA